UAUCAGAUAACAACAUGGCGCCCGCAUGGAGUGAAGUCUCAUGUGUUCGAGAGGAAAAGCGGUGCGAAUUAAUAUUAUCCGGUGCGGCCGUUUCGAAAAAGAUCGAAGAAGAAGGUUUAGACCUAGAAAUUUUUACUUUAAAUAAUUUAAAUUUUCUAGAAAUAAGUCACACGUGCUUAAUUACACUACCCGACGAAAUAAUCAAUUUAACUAAUUUGACAAAUUUCGUCCUUCGCGGCAAUUGGUUGAAGGAAUUGAAUGAAAAUUUGUGUAACUUAACCAAACUGAAGUUUUUGGAUAUUUCGGAAAAUCAAAUAACUCAUUUACCUCAAGAUAUUAAUAAAUUAGUUUCUCUUCAAACUUUGAACGUCAGCGCGAAUAGUUUGACAAAUUUCCCACCUUUAAGUAAUUUAACAAAAUUAUCGACUAUAAAUUUCACUAAAAAUCAAUUUGAAAACUUUCCUCUCGAACUCUGUGAUUCAGCACUGGCGCAUCUGUCUGAAGUCAUCGGAAGUAACAACAAUAUUGUAGACAUUCCAUCUGAAAUUGAAAAUCUCGUCUCUCUAAAAACUUUGGAUCUUGGAAAUAAUAAGAUCGUCGAAGUGCCUGGUGAACUUUCGAACUGUUCUAAAUUAAAAGAACUUAAUUUAAAAGGUAACCGCAUCAAAGACAGAAGGUUGGGGAAGUUGGUCGAUCAGUGCCAUACUAAGCAAGUGUUGGAGUAUGUGAGAAGUCACUGUCCCAAAAAAGGAAAAGAGAAUAACUUAACAACACAAUCUACUAAAGGAAAAGCAAAAGGAGGAAAACAAAAGAAAUCCAUCCAGAAAGAAGAGGUAUCAAAUUUUAUAUUAAAAUUGCUGACCCUUCAUGAGAUAUUCGUUUCUGAAGAUUGGUUUUUAACACGUAUUGAUCUACUGUCUUUUCUACCUGCUUUGCAUCUAGAUGUGUGCCUCGAUGCUCACUAUUGCUUGCACCUUGGUGUUCAGGUAUGGACAAAAUUACAUGAUACUGUCUGUGAAAAAAGAACAUUGGCAACAAUAGCUACACAUGAUCUUAAAAAAAUACAAGGAAAUAUUAAGUAUACUGCAAAACAACCUGAAGAGAUUAAAUUGGCUCCACUUGGAAGAAAAAAUGAGAUGUCUGCUUUUGCUUUAUAUAAUCAACUUUCAGAUGAAGCAGAAGCUUUAAGAAAAGAGAAAAAAAGAAGUACAUAUUCAGGAAUUCAUAAGUAUUUGUAUCUUCUGAAAGAUAAAUCAACUUAUCCAUUUUUAUUGGAUGAAAGUGGGCAGGUUAUCUCAUUUCCUCCUAUUACGAAUUGCAGUGGGACAAAGAUAUCUGAAGAAACAUCAGAUAUGUUUUUUGAAGUAACUGGUAAUAGCCUCCCAGCAUGCAAAAAGGUGAUGGAUAGUUUAUUAUAUGAAACUUUAAAGUUAGGUUUGGGAAAUAAAAAGCUUGACGUGAAUGGUAGCACAGAAAUUGAAAACGAAAGUUCAAAUUUAAAAUCCUUAAUUAUUGAACAGAUGAGAGUUGUAGAUGAAGAUGGAAAUUUAAAAGUUGUCUAUCCUUCAAGAACUGAUUUAAUCUUUGAAGACAUCAAUGUUGUUAGAGAUUAAUCCGAAACAUAAAAUUGUUGACUACUCUGUUUUGAGCAUGACUUUGCUUUUAUAAAUGAAAAUUCAUUUGUAUAAGUCAUAACUACUGAGAUUGAUCAUUUAGCACUUGAUUUAAAUAAAUAUUUGAUAAAUUUUAA